AUGCACAGUGUGAGUUAUAGUCUCGCGGAUAUCACCCACGAUGCCGUACCUGGGCCGCUCGUCCUACACUUCGACGAUUAUGGAUUGUCGCCGUACCUUAGAGACUUCCUUGAUAUCGUAAACAAUGUAAUUGAGGAUUUUGUUUGGAAACUAGCAUUCACAAAGCGGGAGAUCGAGCGUGAACUAAAGGCCUGGAUAGGUCGUGGGAUCGAGGAUGCGUACAUGGUCAACGCGUUCUUUAUGGCCUGUGACGGAGUCGGGUUUGUACGUCACUCGGAGACGGGAGUGAUCUACGACAUGUCUGUGCCUGCCCGGUCUGUGGUCGACCCGAUGCUUCUGUCGCAGUCAGCCCAGGACAGCUAUAUCACCAGUCCCAAUGGAACAAUCCAGGCGGUUAUAAACUUCGCCGUACCAGACCAGCUGCGGUUCGGAGCCGACCAGUACUAUCGGCUCGAACUGGUUUUGCGCCUGUGUGCCAACUCUGUGUUGAUGUACAUCGUCAUCGCGUCACUGGUGCAGUACGUAGUGCAGGACGUCAUCCUGAGCAGCGUGACUCGUGGGGCUACCUCGAUGCCCAGUACGGCCGCGGGGGUGCUAAGUGUGCUCAACCUCUUCACACCCACCGGGUUGAGGGCCGAAAUCAAUUGCUACUACGCAGACGCAGGCGCUCCAGGGGUGCUGUUCUUCACGGUCUUGUGCCCGUUUCUCCCGGUGGUGCAUGUUGUGGCUGGGAUCUACUAUGAUAUCGAGGCGGGCCGCACGCGCGCACUGCAGCGUUGUGUGCGUGGACUGGUCGUUGUUUCCAUCAUCGUCUUGUUUGUGUUGCGGGGCGUCACGUACCUGGCCUUGCGCCCAGAAGAUACCACCACGCCUGGGCUGUGGUUUAUGAUUGCCACGUACUACCAGGCAUUCUUGGUCAUCAUGGCGCGCACCAAGAUGACUCAGAUCUUCGGGCCCAUGUUCUUUGCGCUGGCCUCGAUCAAUGCGUAUGCGUACACCAUGACUUAUCCCUACGGUGCUGUUGCGCUGGCCAAUAUGCUGUACGCCACUUUCACAGUGUAUUGUGUGAUCCGCUUUGUGAACGAGUACGAAAUACCUGCGUGGAGGGAAAAUAGACCACGCCACAUCAUCAGAGGACCAGCGGGCGAGGAGGUGCGGCAGUGGCACGCGCACCUCCCGGGAGCCUCGGGGUCGAUGCGGUACCAAACACGACUCAUGGAGAACGGAGAAAUACAGCGGCAGAUCACCAUUCGCCUGGAUGGCAUGCUGGACGUGGCAGCCAAUCAUAACGGACGUGUGCCUCCCUCGGCCAGAGGCGCACGAGCACGAGGGCCACCGACUGCACCCGCACCCGCACCUGUCCCCGGCCCAACACCUGCACCCACAGGCGAGAGCGAGGCCACUUUGCGCCGACGUACCGCCGUAGUUGAAUUAAUGCGACGCGGUCUGUUCGAUAUGACUGAUGGGACACUGCUGCCGUAUCGCGAGGCCGCUCUGACAGGGUUUUGUGUAGAGUACACAGGCAUACUCUUGUCGUAUCUGGGGUAUGCGGAAUGCGCGGAAGCCACUUCUCGCCCCGGGCAAUAUCCGGCGCUGGAUACAACGCUUGAGGUGGAAAUGGAUGAGAACCAAGCAUUGGCUGUGUCAGUUUCCAACCUGCAUGAAAUCACGCUUCUAUUAAGAGACGCCACACAACGCCGUCACGAAUGGAUACUAGGCUUCUAUUCCCUGCGCCCGCUGAGACAGACCUCUAUAGCCAGUCGCCUGGAGUGGUGUGUGAUCGCAGAGCACCACACACGUGUCAACUUGCACGCUUGCGAGGUCAGACUGCGCACAAAGAUGGAGUACCUCCGCCUGAACCACCAGCUGAAGAUAUUAUGGAUGCGUAACUGUGGGCGUAUACGGAAGGAGCGGAUUGCUAUGGACCUGGAAAAGCGCGGCCUAUCAAUGGACGCACAAUUGGACGGACAGGCACAAGGCCCAGCCACCGAUGCGCAGACAUCGGACACGUCUAGCAGUCGUACACCACAGAUAGUCAGCACCCCCACAGACUCCAGGGGACCCACAGGAGAUACAGACCGCACUACCACCCAGUCCAGUCCUUCAAUACCGGGGACAGGGCACACAACGCCCCCGACCGAAAGCCAAUCGGGACAGGCAACUAGUCCUGCUGUGGAGUCCGAGAGCCUUACACCACCCGUAGUAGGCCAAACAGUAGACACAAACAGCUCUGCUGCUUUAACCGAUAGCACCCCAACACACACAGACAAUCAGACAGGUGAGACACACAGCCCUACCACAGAGACAGACCACACCACACCAGUGACUCACAACACUCCGCCCGAGACACCCGGCCCUACGCCAGCCGCACCCAGCAGCGCAGCAGACACAGACCAGGCACCAGCACUCAACCACGCCAACGCUGGACCGCAGACAGACAGCCCGCAAGCGCCCCAGGAUCACUGCAUCACACAGAUGGAUGCAAUCCUCGAGCACAUGUUUCGAGGAGAGCAUCUGAACACCAUCGAUGCGAAUAGCCGCGCAGGCGCGACGCGCACCGAGGCCUGGGGCGACGACUUGCUGCAGACGAUUCUACAGGGUAGGCGUUCUGAAGAAGCGCAGAAGGAGAUCGACGACGCUUGGCUGCGCUUGCGCUUGCAGCGGUUGGAGCGUGCGCGGCGCACCCAGGACCCGAAGGACCUGAACAAGGAGCGCGUGGCGGUGCUGCUGUCGCUGAUGCAGACGUACCAGAAGCUGGCGGAGGUGACGGUGGAGCACGAGAUGCUGAAGCUCGACAUCCUGCGCACUUACUGGCCGGUGUUCGCCGAGGAUGAGUUCCGUUGGUCGGCUGAUAUAUGGGACAUGUUGCGAGAGGUGGCAGUGGGGUACCCGAACUUGACCAGCAUACUGCUCAUGCGGGCAAAGGCCUUUGAGAGCUGUCGCCAGCUGAUGAGUCAGUACAGAGCGAAGAUCCGGCACGUGCAGCUGAAGUUCACCACGCUGUGUGACUUCUAUGGGACCUAUGACAAUGAGAACACGGACUAUGCUGCGCGGGUGCGCGAUGCCGAGCUGCCCUCGGGACGGCUGUUGGUGUCCGUGGUGUCUUAUAUACUCAAUGAAUCGCCCAAUACCUGUCGGAAGGUCGCGCUGCUGGUCAACUGCAUCCACAAGAUACACCGAGACCUGCUGUUGUUUUCGGCCCUCAAGCGGCAGUCGCAGGGCAGGCACCAGCACGCACCAUCGGGGCCCGACAACACACCCCCGGACACAGUGGUGGACGUACAGACGGUGCACCUGCUCACCCAGGGCACCGAACUGAACACCGAGGUGUUUGGGCGUAACUAUGCCAGCGCCCAAGGCCGUGAAACUGGCCACACACAUUUACACGCGCCCGUCCACGAUGCAAACAACACGCACCACGGCGUGGACGUGAGCAACGCGCGGUCAAUAGCCUUAGCCUCGGACGCCAGAGAUUACGUGCGGCGCUGUGCCGCGCGCGGGCGCGCAAGUGACGGGACUGACGCGCUGGUCAAGUGGUCGAUGGGGUACCUGUCGUGGAAGAGUAACCUGGCGAGCGUGUUGCAGGCGACGCUGGACGUGUUAGAGCGUGAGUGCGUACCGUACGAAGAGUUUAGCUUGCCUGGCCCGCCUUUCUCGUACACGUGGGAGGCUGAGAGCCUGCACGCAGCAAACAUGGCCACGUACGAGGCCCAGGAUGAGCAGCUCAUGAACCUUCAGAGGGCGGGUGUGGUGCUGGCGCUUUCGUGUCAGAAUGGUGUGUACUACAAGCUGGCGGAUAAUCCGGAGGGGGCAGCAGUCACUUCCAAUGCAUCGGAACCCCAAACACAACCACAGACACCAACGCCACCGCAGACUCAGACACAACCAGCGCAGGCACCGGCACUGUCCGAUACGGUCGUCCAAGCGCAGAGCGAUUGGGCGGCGAUGUCGCGGAACAUCCUGCCGUUUACGCGCAGCCCCGCGGAGGAGAGCGCAGAAGUGGCGUCAUUCUUCAGCUUAGCAGACGAUCCCUAUGUGGCGGGCAAGGCGUGGUUGACCUCGGACGGCAUCCGACUGCCUGUGCCGUUCAUGGACUCGCGGGCGAGAGGUACGGGCGGUGGUGGGGAUGCUGGGGGUGGGGAUACUGGGCAUACAAGGCGUGUAUGGACUUUGAACAGGCGCGCCGCGACAAGUUCAACUACGGCGACAGGUGGGACUGCGCCUACUCAGCCGCCGGCAGGGGGCCACGCCCACGUCCACGGACCAGAGUGUGCGCGGGCUCAGGCCCAGUCAGCACACGCACACGCACACGCACACGCACACGCACACGCACAUGCGCACGCGCACACGCCCCCAGAGACACAGCCGGCGACCACGCGUACGAUUAGGAUAGUAUCUCAGGCUCCGAGCCGCGCGACCAUCCGACCCGAUUCUGCCAGAGGGACUCAGAAUCCUACACCGGCUGCGCAAAAUCUGACGUCGGCGGCUCAAAAUCCGACACCGACUGUACAGAAUCCGACGCAGACGAGCACUGAGGUACCGAGGAUAAACACGUCUGACAUAGCAACGAACUCAUCAGACACACCCCUCGAUGAAAGCGCGAACGGGGUAGGAUCUGCCGAUACUUCCUUGGACAGUGCAGCUGCCCCUGCGGUGGAAGACCAUGCCAGAGGUACAGCCCAGGACAAUGCGCCAACCGCCACUGACGCUGAUACGUCCGGUGGUAAGGAUAAUGUUCUGGACAGGCUGUUGGAGUUGAACGCUCGGAUGGCGGCGGAGAAGCGUAGGUUGCAGGGCAUUCUGAAGAAAUCCGAAGCAAGUACAAGCUCCCAGGUGCAGCAGGCAAGGAUUGCAGAAGGGGCGUCUACCACGGAUAGCGCGAGCGAGCAACCUGCGACAAGUGCGCGCACUAGUAGUACUGCGUCUGCCACGGAGAGCGCGAGCGAGCAACCUGCGACAAGUGCACGCACUAGUAGUACUGCGUCUACCACGGAUAGCGCGAGCGAGCAACCUGCGAUAAGUACGCGCACUAGUAGUACUGCGUCUGCCACGGAUAGCGCGAGCGAGCAACCUGCGACAAGUGCGCGCACUAGUAGUACUGCGUCUACCACGGAUAGCGCGAGCGAGCAACCUGCGAUAAGUGCGCGCACUAGUAGUACUGCGUCUGCCACGGAUAGUGCGAGCGAGCAACCUACGACAAGUGCGCGCACUAGUAGUACUGCGUCUACCACGGAUAGCGCGAGCGAGCAACAUGCGACAAGUGCGCGCACUAGUAGUACUGAAGUGGCUGUGGGGACGGAUGGAUCCACAUCAGCGGUCACAGAGCCCACUACCACGCAUGUAGCUCAUCCGGCACCUGUAACCCUGACAGAAACGAGGGGGACGGUCUCAUCAGCUACGCCAAGGACAGUAGUGGUACCAGCUGUACCGGCGUUAUCCAGCACCGCAUCGUCAACUGCAGCGCCAGCCCCAAGUAGGGAUUUGCGGUAUAUAGGGAACCGCUUAUCAGUACUCCAGCGGCUGUUCCAUUUGGUGGAGCACAGGUUACCUGCAGCCGACAGUGUAUCCCUGCAAACCGUACUGUCGGCCCUCCGCAUGCAGCGGAUAGGGCAGGUAGACCAUGCCGAGCGAUGCGACCAUGUGACUCUGUUGCUUUUGCGUCUGAUGAGGAUGAUAAAACAGCACACUGAUGUAGCUACUACGCACAUAACUGAAGAAGAGCGGCGUAUCUGGGUUAUGAUGCGCGAGGAUAUCAUAUACACGCGCGCAAAUUUGCCUGACGAAACCCCGCAGCCAGCUCCUACAACAGGAAAUCUACUCAUAUCUCUAUUAAGAGACGUCGAGGACAUGUUAUCGGCAACGAUGGCUAGUGCUGCUGAUCCCAAUACGCUACAGGGCGCCCCGGACAGCACAUCGACUGCUGCUUCCGCAUCAGUAGUCUCAGACGCGAUGACCACCCCAACGGGAUCAACAAUCAGUUCUCCACCACACACCGAUGGCUUGCCAGAACAAACCACAGCAGCUUCACUGGGCGCAGUUCCAACCAUUUCAAGGACCGGGACGGAUGGUACAUACUCUAUCGCCGUGUCGGAUGUGCGACCCGUGUCUGUUGUGCAGGCAAGCGUACCGACUGCAGAGAGACGUACUAUGAGGGUGUCUGUACCAUCAACGGGUCCUGUUCCUGCAGGCCGGGUGCAGAUGAGCCUGGUGAUCCGGAAUGGGGUGGCGUAUCGUAGGAUGCCCAACGGAACCCUGUUACGUAUCCCUUCUUCUAGAGAUGCCAACGGGAUCAUGACUAUAAAUCCACAGGCCCUAGGUGUGCAAACGGGGGCGGCUCAAGCGCGUGUGCUUACGGCCGCCGCCAAUCCGGGGGGACAUCUGCCGACCACAGCUGAGUUAGAAGCAAGAACGCAAGCCUUGCGCAUCAGGCUGCAGAACCUUGAAAGAGCCUCAAUUGCUGGACGCAACGGGACUACACCGGCAAAUGAAACUAGUGAAACUACUAGCACCGCAGAAGCUCCCACAACACCUUCGUCUCAAUCAGAUACCAAUGUGAAAGCCGGCCCUGACGCCAAUUCCAGUACUUAAAGUUUAAAUUGAGUAGAAAUAAACAAAUACGGAUUUAGC